AUCAGCUUUGGUUUUGUCUUUUUAUCCAGAUUUCCCACAAAAUUGUGUGUGCAAAGAAGAGGAGGAUUCCACUGAGCUCUGCCACCAGGAGGGGAACUCCACAUCUGUAAAAGAAGAACCAGAGCCUAUGCAGAUAAAACAGGAGCAAGAGAAUUGCAAAUAUCAAGAGUUCAAAGAGGAAGAGAAGCAGCAAUCAAUCUGCCCUUCAUUCUGCAUCAGUCAGGAGGAAGAGCAGGUUGUGCUAAAAGAGGAGACUGAAUACAUUUUGGUGAAUCCUCCUUAUGUGCAAAAAAACAACAAUGAAAGGAACCCAAACAGGGACCAGCUUAUCUCACAUGGCUACUCUGAAGAACAUCAGGAAGGAAACAGUUCUGAAAACCAAGGAAGAGACGAAGAGCAGAAACAAAAUGAGGGGGGCCAGAAAACUGAAGAGCAGAAAGGCACUUCUGACAGUUCAAAUCCAAACACACCCAAAAUAAGUCACUCAGCGGAGAAUGGUUUCUCAUGUAUGACCUGUGGAAAGAUUUAUAGUCAAAGAUAUCGUUUACAACGUCACAUAAGAAGUCAUACCGGAGAGAAGCCUUUCACAUGUACAACCUGUGGAAAGAGUUACAUUGACAAGAGUAAUUUAAUUUAUCACAAUAAAACUCACACUGAUGAGAAGCCUUUCUCAUGCUUGACCUGUGGAAAGGGUUACAAUAAAAGAUCGCUUUUGAAAUGCCACAUGAGAAGUCACACGGGUGAGAAGCCUUACACGUGUGCGACCUGUGGAAAGGGCUGCAGUACCAAACCGAGUUUAGCUUAUCACAUGAGAACUCACACAGGUGAGAGGCCUUACACAUGUACAACCUGUGGAAAGGGAUUUAGUACAAAGACCUGUUUAGUUUAUCACACAAGAACGCACACAGGUGAGAAGCUUUUCUCAUGUGAGAUCUGUAAGAAAACAUUUGUAACUAGAUUUGAAAUAACACGUCAUAUGAGAUCUCACACAGGCGAGAAGCCUUUCUCGUGUACUAUCUGUAGUAGAAGUUUCGCUGAAAAAUGUGUUUUAAUUGAUCACAUGGCCUUACACACAGGCAAGAAGCCUUUCUCAUGUAUGACCUGUGGAAAGGGUUUCAGCAGAAAAUGCUUUUUAAAACGUCACAUGAAAACACAUGAGAAGUCUUACACAUGUACAAUCUGUGGAAAGGGUUACAGUGAAAAGAGUGCUAUAAUGUAUCACAUGAGGACUCACACAGGCGAUAAGCCUUUUUCGUGUAUGACAUGUGGAAAAGGUUACAGUAAAGAGUAUCUUUUAAAUAGUCACAUGAGAACUCACACCGGAGAGAAACCAUUCACCUGUACAACCUGUGGAAAGAGUUAUCGUGUCAAGAAAAGUUUACUUUAUCACAUAAAAACCCACUCAAGUGAGAAACCUUUUUCAUGUGAGACCUGUGAAAAAAGCUUUAGAACUAGAUCUGAUUUAACACGUCAUAUGAAAACUCACAAAUAUGAAAAUCUGUACAAGUGUAAAACCUGUGGAAAGGGUUACAGUGACAUGGCUAGUUUACUUAAUCACAUGAGAAUUCACACAGACGCGAAGCCUUUCUCGUGUGUGACUUGUGGAAAAUGUUACAGUAAAAGGUCUCUAUUAAAGUGUCACAUAAGAAGUCACACAGGCGAGAAGCCUUGCACAUGUACAACCUGUGGAAACACUUACAGAAACAAGGCUAGUUUACUUUAUCACAUGAGAUCUCACACAGGUGAGAAACCUUUCUUAUGUGACACCUGUGCAAAAGGCUUUAGAUGUAAAUCUGAUUUAACACGUCAUAUGAGAACUCACACAGGGGAGAAGCCAUUCUCGUGUACUACCUGUAAAAAAAGUUUCACUCGAAGAAGUUCUUUAAAUUAUCACAUGACCACUCACACAGGCAAGCCUUUCUCAUGUAUGACCUGUGGAAAGUGUUACAGCACAAACUCUCUUUUCAAACGUCACGUGAGAAAUCAUACAGAGGGAGAGAGAUAAUUAAGCCACCUUAUGUCAAAAAUGAUUGAUGACAUAUGACCUUAUGACCUUAUUACCUCCCCCCUUCCGGUCCCAUCCCCCACAAAUGAUUGAUGACUUAUGACCUCAUUAACUUACCCCUCCCCCACAAAUGAUUUAUGACCUUACCCCUCCCCCACAAAUGAUUUAUGACCUCACCCCUCCCCCACAAAUGAUUUAUGACCUCACCCCUCCCCAACAAAUGAUUUAUGACAUCACCCCUCCCCCCUUCCAGUCCCAUCCCCCACAAAUGAUUUAUGACAUCACCCCUCCCCCCCUUCUGGUCCCAUCCCCCAUCCUUCCGAGCGGAACAUCUUUAUUAUCCGAGACGCCAAUUUCUGUAUUCCAAGCUUCGAACCACCCCCUUGAAGCUCCCAAGAAAUCGGCAAUGUAUUUAUGCAGGGUUCAGCAUCCUCCUAUAGAAACACUGCAUGAAGAAUGGUCUUUAGAGGAUUCUGGCAU